AUGUGUCUAACCAAGAGCUUUGGCUCUGGCGACUCGGGCGGCGACUGGGAGCUCGCCCGCCCGGAGCGCCGCCGCCGUGGUGCUGCCCGUCGCCCUGGGGGGCGCAGGGAGCUGCGCGCAACCCCGCCCCAUAAAGGCAACCGCUUCUCGCCGCUCGCCGCCGCCGUCGCCGAGGCCGAGGGCUCGGACGUGGAGAUCUGGAGUUCCGAUGAAGAUACAGUGCAGCCGCCGACCCCUUCUCCGGCGAACCUUGGGAGGUUUUGCCCAGAUCUGGGAGGGGGACUGUUGCUGGGGCCCCCUGGCAGCUCCCCGCGGGUGGGGAGCACGUCGUCGGCGCCGCCCCCGCCGCUUGAGUCUGGUCACUUCCCACCGCUGCCAGGUUCGGUGGCAGCUCGGCGCUGCUCCUCUCCUCCAGCCCCUACGCGUUCUGGACCUGGGGUGGUACAGAUCGGCGCGUUCGCGGUGGAGCUUCCGCCGGAGCUGGGGAGGACGAUGGCGCAAGGGGCGCCGCCGCUCCUAGGGUUUGCUCCUGCUGCGGCCCCGCUCCUGCUGGAUGUUUGUGGGCCUGUUGGGCCAGCCCUUGGGGGGUGGGGGCCGGCACGGCCCAGCUGCCCCCUAGCCAGGGCCCGCUAG